CUCAUUGUUCAUUUAUUUUCAACUUAUUUGACCUGAGUGCAGCAGGUAGACUGUUGGGUGACUGGACCAGGUUCAAAUGUUCUCCAAACUCUCACAGUAAAAGUACGGAAGUCACGAUGACACCAGAGGACGUUUUGAACACUCUGAGGGAUUUACGAAACGAAGAAUUCAGGGACUUUAAAUGGUAUCUGCGGCAGCCUGACAUCCUGGAAGGGUACCAAACCAUCAAAGUGUCCGAGCUGGAAAUGGCAGAAAGGCGGGACACAGUGGAUGUGAUGAUGAACACCUAUGAACUUCAUGGAGCUCUGAAGGUGACCAAGAAGAUUUUAGAGAAGAUAAACAGGAACGAUCUGGUGCAGAGUCUGCCAGACACCAGCUCAGGACCAGAAGGGUCAGUGGAUGUCAAUGAUGCUGGAAAGACUUCAGAGAACAGAGGACCUUCCUCCUCUCAGUGUGAAGAUGAGAUUAUUCCAGUACCAGAACCACGACACAUCUCAUAUUACCAACACCUGCUUCAUUCAAACCUCCAGGAUAAGUUUAUGUGUGCACAAGAGGGGUGGAUGGAGAAGAAGGAUGAGCAACUUCUGGUCGAUAUCUACACAGAACUGUACAUCACAGCUGGAGGUGACAUACACAUCAACAAACAGCAUGAGGUCAUACAGAUUGAGGCAGUGGGGAAGCCAGCAGAAACAGAGACACCAAUUAAACCCAGUGACAUAUUCAAGCCUCCCUCUGGAAAAAAGAGAAUCAUAAGAACAGUUCUGACAACUGGAAUCGCAGGAAUUGGCAAAACAUUUCUUGUGCUCAAGUUUGUGUUGGACUGGUCUGAAGGAAGAGCCAAUCAAGAUGUUCAUCUCAUAUUCCCCUUCAGCUUUCGCCAGCUGAAUUCAUGGAAGGGAGAAAGGUUCUGUUUGGCAGAGCUCAUUCAUGAAUGUAUCAGGGAGACCAAAGACAUCCCAAAAGAAGCUCUUAAUCACAUCUUUACAACACUGCAGUCAUCAGGAAAUACCAACUAUGACAGAAGUAAAUUCAAACUUCUGUUUAUUUUGGAUGGACUGGAUGAGAGCCGCCUUCAACUGGACUGCUCUACCAAUAACAACCAGGCAGUUAAAUUUGAUGUGACAAAGUCGUCCUCCGUGGAUGUGCUGCUGUCAAACCUCAUCAGGGGGAAACUGCUUCCCUCUGCUCGCCUCUGGAUCACCACACGACCUGCAGCAGCCAAUCAAAUCCAUUCUGAUUUUGUUAACAUAGUGACAGAGGUCAGAGGGUUCACUGACCCACAGAAGGAGGAGUACUUCAGGAAGAGGUUCACAGAUGAGGAGGAAAAGGCCAAUAGGAUCAUCUCCCACAUCCUGACAUCACGAAGCCUCCACAUCAUGUGCCACAUCCCAGUCUUCUGCUGGAUCACUGCUAUAGUUUUGGAUGGUGUGUUGAAGACCAGAGAGGGAGGAGAGCUGCCCAAGACCCUGACUGAGAUGUAUAUAGUAUUCCUGGUGUUUCAGAUUCAUCAGACAAAAGAGAAGUACGGCCAAGAACAGUGCGUUCAGUAUAUUAAGUCAUUAGCAAAACUGGCUUUCCACCAGCUGGAAAAGGGCAACCUGAUCUUCUACGAGAAAGAUCUGAAAGAGAGCGGCAUUGAUGUCAGUGGAGCCUCAGUGUGCUCAGGAGUGUUCACAGAGAUCUUUAAAGAGGAACAUGGGAAGAAGAAGGAUGAAGACAAGAUGUUUAGUUUCAUCCAUCUGAGUGUUCAGGAGUUUUUGGCAGCUUUAUAUGUGGAGAUGUCGCUCGUCAACAGGAACAAGAAUGUGAUGUCUGAGCCAGCAACUGUUUGUGAACAUCUGGAAGCAUUUUUUAAAACAUCAAUGACCAAGGUCCACAGGUUUGCUAUUGACAAGGCCUUACAGAGUCUCAAUGGACACCUGGACUUGUUCCUCCGCUUCCUCCUGGGUCUCUCUCUGCCGACCAAUCAGACCAAACUCCCUCAAGGCCUACUGAAAAAGAAACAAAUCUCACAGACCAAUCAGAAAACAACUGAGUACAUCAAGAAGAAAAUCAGUAAGAAUCUGUGUCCAGAGAGAAACAUCAAUCUGUUCCACUGUCUGAAUGAACUGAAUGAUCAUUCUCUAGUGGAGGAGAUCCAACAGUUCCUGAGUUCAGGAAGUCUCUCCACAGAUAAACUGUCUCCUGCUCAGUGGUCAGCUCUGGUCUUCAUCUUACUGUCAUCAGAAAAAGAUCUGGAUGUGUUUGACCUGAAGAAAUACUCUGCUUCAGAGGAGGCUCUUCUGAGGCUUCUGCCAGUAGUCAAAGCCUCCAACAAAGCUCUGCUGAGUGGCUGUAAUCUCUCAGAGAUAAGUUGUGAAACUCUGUCCUCAGUUCUCAGCUCCCAGUCUAGUCUGAGAGAGCUGGACCUGAGUAACAACCACCUGCAGGAUUCAGGAGUGAAGCUGCUGUUUGCUGGACUGAAGAGUCCACACUGUAAACUGGAGAUUAUCAGACUGUCAGGCUGUCUGAUCUCAGAGGAAGGCUGUACUUCUCUGGCCUUAGCACUGAGAUCCAACCCCUCCCAUCUGAGAGAGCUGGACCUGAGCUACAAUCAUCCAGGAGACUCAGGAGUGAAGCAGUUGUUUGCUGGACUAGAGGAGCAUCCACACUGGACACUGGACACUGUCAGACUGAGUGGCUGUAAUCUGUCUGAUAGAAGCUGUGAAGCUCUGUCCUCAGUUCUCAGCUCCCAGUCCUCUAGUCUGAGAGAGCUGGACCUGAAUAACAACAACCUGCAGGAUUCAGGAGUAAAGUUGCUCUCUGCUGGACUGCAGAGUCCAUAUUGUACACUGGAGGCUCUCAGGUUGAGUGUCUGUAAUCUGUCAGAGAGAAGCUGUGAAGUUCUGUCUUCAGUCCUCAGCUCCCAGUCCUCUAGUCUGAGAGAGCUGGACCUGAGUAAUAACAACCUGCAGGAUUCAGGAGUCAAGAUGCUCUCUGCUGGACUGAGCAGUCCCCACUGUACACUGGAGACUCUCAGACUGUCAGGCUGUCUGAUCUCAGAGGAAGGCUGUACCUCUCUGGCCUCAGCUCUGAGAUCCAACCCCUCCCAUCUGAGAGAGCUGGACCUGAGCUACAAUCAUCCAGGAGACUCAGGAGUGAAGCUGCUGUACCCUGGACUGGACACUCUCAGGCUGAGUGGCUGUAAUCUGUCAGAGAGAAGCUGUGAAGCUCUGUCCUCAGUUCUCAGCUCUCAGUCCUCCAGUCUGAGAGAGCUGGACCUGAGUAACAACAACCUGCAGGAUUCAGGAGUGAAGCUCCUGUCUGCUGGACUGAAAAAUCCACACUGUAAACUGAAGUCUCUCAGGCUGAGUGGCUGUAAUCUGUCAGAGAGAAGCUGUGAAGCUCUGUCCUCAGUCUUCAGCUCCCAGUCCUCUAGUCUUAGAGAGCUGGACCUGAGUAACAACGACCUGCAGGAUUCAGGAGUGAAACUACUGUCUGCUGGACUGAAGAGUCCACACUGGAACUGGAAACUGGACACUCUCAGACUGUCAGGCUGUAUGAUCACAGAGGAAGGCUGUACUUCUCUGGCUUCAGCUCUGAGAUCCAACCCCUCCCUUCUGACAGAGCUGGACCUGAGCUACAAUCAUCCAGGAGACUCAGGAGUGAAGCUGCUGACUGCUGGAUUGAAGGAUCCAAACUGGAGACUGGACACUCUCAGGGUGGAACACUGUGGAGAGCAGAGACUAAAACCUGAUGUGAAGAAGUAUUCCUGUGAACUCACAGUGGACACAAACACAGUGAACAGAAACCUCAAACUCUCUGACAACAACAGGAAGGUGACAUCAGUGAAAGAGGAGCAGCCAUAUCCUGAUCAUCCAGAGAGAUUUGACUACUGGCCUCAGCUGCUGUGUAGCAAUGGUCUGACUGGUCGCUGUUACUGGGAGGUCGAGUGGAGAGGAAGAGUUGAUAUAUCAGUGAGUUACAGAGGAAUCGGCAGGAAAGGAAAAAGUGCUGACUGCAGGUUUGGAUGUAACAAUCAGUCCUGGAGUCUUUUGUGCUCUGAUGAUGAUGGUUACUCUGUCUGGCACAAUAACAGAAGAACACGCCCCUCCUCUUCCUCCUCUGUCUCUAACAGAGUAGCAGUGUAUGUGGACUGUCCUGCUGGCACUCUGUCCUUCUACAGAGUCUCCUCUGACACACUGAUCCAAAUCUACACCUUCAACACCACAUUCACUGAACCUCUUUAUCCUGGGUUCAGGUUCUGGUGGUCUGAUUCCUCAGUGUCUCUGUGUUCACUGUAGGAUGGAGAGUCUCCUCCUGUUACAGAAACACUGCUGACAAACACACAUAAUGUUUUAAGUCAACCUAAUGCCGUAUCAGAGCACCCAGACAAUCCACCCUACCAGAACAAAAGAGGGAGAGGAACGGGGACGUGGACCAAGAUGUGACAGAUGAAGAUGAAGAAGAAGGGAAAGAGAACUUAUUCACCAAAACAUUGUAAUCUUUCCCAUAAAGAAAAGAAGUGCCUUGGAAGUGUGGUAUCUGAAGGCUUAUAAAUUUAAAUUACAUUUUAUUACAGGUUCAAAGGAUGUUUUGUUAAACAUAUGUAGUGUUAGUAGUUCAUGAGGUUAAACACGUAAUUCUUACUAUGGAAUAUUUACGGCUUCUCAAUGGCCUCAACUGUUUAUGGCUUAAUCCUCUUCUGUUUAUGGCCUCUGACCUUUACCUGAUAAUCCCCACCUCCCCUUAUCACUUUACAUAUCUGGAUUGGAAUGUUUGUUUUGAUCUUUUGGAGUAAACCACAGACCUAUAUAAACCUGUGUUCGAGGUGAAAUAGACAGAGCUUUUCAUUUGGCAGGAUGCUCUCCAAGCUCCCGGGGCUUGAAAUGAUGCUGUACCUUUUUUGUAAUAAACCUUUUUUAUAUACAAUCAA